GAUGACUGAUGACGUUACGCACAACGUCGAAACGUGGCUGACGUUUCCCUUCGAUUUGUUCAUUUGUAUUUUGUUUUGUCAUUCGUUUUAUUGGAGAAAGCUAAGGAACGUACGCGUUUUUAAAUUGUAAAUCUACGUAUUUUCUUGUUAAUACGCUGCUAGUAAGAAAAUGGACCAAAUCACUAAGUUUGUUGAGCCUGGAAAGCAGUUUGCUAAGGACUCCCUCCGAUUAGUGAGAAGAUGUACAAAACCCGACAGAAAAGAAUUUCAAAAGAUCGCAAUUGCAACAGCUAUUGGAUUCUGCAUCAUGGGCUUCAUUGGAUUCUUUGUAAAACUCAUUCACAUCCCCAUUAAUAACAUUAUUGUCGGAUCAUAGACUCUCUUCUGUAUACCCUAGUAACUAGUAUGUUAUGGUGCCUGUCCACCAUGAGUAUUAAAAUGCCUGCAAUAAAGUUAGUGGGAACAAUACUGGGCACCUAUCAUUAAGUAAACCUAGAACAUAACUUACUUUUAAGUGUUAAGUUAUACCUGAUUCUCACUUUCAAUUUCAUUAUUUUAUUUUAUAGAUACAAUAAAUUAUUCAUAUUUUUA